AUGUUUACAACGGAACAGAUCAUUGCUCUCGAAGAAGUAUUUAACAAGCGACCGUAUAUUAACCGAGAAGAAAGAAUAUCCAUAAUGAAAAAACUGCAUGUAAGCGAGAAAUCUAUCAAAGUGUGGUUCCAGAAUAGACGUCGGUUGACUGACAAGAGGAGUAAAGAGUAUGGAUCCGAUUCGCUAUCAUCAGAAGAUAUGUCAGAUACAUUUUUAGAUAGACUAACAACAAUUGAAUCUAGUAUAAAUCGAAGAACCGACGAAUUUGGACUUGUACGAUUAGACAAUGGUACCAUGAAUGAAUUAGUUAACAUUAUAAAUGAAUAUUUGUCCCAGGAUAUUGAACAUACAGAACCAAUUGUAAAUGAAACUAAAGUCAUAUAUGAACCUAUAUCACCAGUGAGCUUAUCCGAAAAUUCAGAAGAUAUUUAUGUAACUCCCCAAUUCGAAUCAUUAUCAAACCAAGUAACAGAUUUAGAAUCGUUAUUAUUCUUUUAA